AAGAACAACAACAGGAGGAGGAGAGAGGGGAAACCAGCAGAGAGGAACUCACCAACACUGCCGCCGCUGCCAGACCCGGCACGGUGACGACGCGGGGUGAGAGGAUGGACGUGCUCACAUCCCCCGUGACGCUCUCUCUCCUCACCGGCCUCGGGUGCGGAUUCUGCCUCUGCCUGCUACUGCGAGGCCGCGGCGCCCGUCCGGGUUCGGCUACGGGGGGCAGCAGCGGGGACCCUUCUGCGGAGGGAGCCCGGGGAGCAGGGGACUCGGCGGAGGUGAUGAGCGAGGGCGGGGAGUGGAAGCUCGUGCUGGUCGUGCGCUCCGACCUCAAGAUGGGCAAGGGCAAGGUGGCGGCGCAGUGUGCGCACGCGGCCGUCUCGGCGUUCCGCCAGGCGGGCGCGCGCCACGCUGACGCCCUGCGCCAUUGGGAGCUGGGCGGUCAGGCCAAGGUGGUGACGCGCGUGCCGGACGAGGCCGGUCUGGCCGAGCUGCUGGCGCACGCGCGCGCCCUGGGCCUCCCCGUGUCGCUGGUGCGCGACGCCGGGCGCACGCAGGUAGCGCCAGGGACGUGCACGGUGCUGGGGGUCGGACCCGGCCCCGCCGGCGCCGUCGACCGCGUCACGGGACACCUCAAGCUCUACUGAGCGUCGCCAGGAUGGGAUGGGGGGGCAGCGUGUAUGUGAAUGCGAUCGUGCGUGGAGCGGUAGUGUAGCAGUUAGCGCACUGCGUUAAGGACCUGGCGAACCGGGUUAGAUUCCCGCUCAUGGCCAACGUCCGUGACAAUUAUCUGAAUCGGUUUUGAUUCUCUAGGUCGACUCAGUCAUAAAUAAGUACCUGGUGCAGGUGUCCACACAUUAGCACUAGUGCACUAGUCUGCUCGAUAACGCUCCCCCAUUCGUCAAGGCGAUAUGGGGGAUCUUUUAUAUUUUGUGGUCGGGGAAAGACCUGCAACCCAUGUGUACUUUUUCAUAAAUUCCUCGUGUUCAGGUCUUCUAAAGAUAAAUCACCGUUUUUGUUAAUUGUUUGAAUUUUGAUUGGCAACUAGCCAGGUGAUGGCAAUGGCAACGCACAUGGCCUGUAAUCCAGCACUAUGGAGGCAGCGAGGGUUGGUGGAUUUGCACAACAUUUUGCGAAAAUCUCUUCCUUUAGGCAUCAAGGAGCCAUACCUUGGCUAACCAGGAAUAUGCGGUACAGCAAAAUGUGAACAAAUAUAUCUCAUCUGCAUCGGAUGGAGUGUUACCCCCUCGUGCAGUGCUCUAGUUUACUCUCAAACAUUAUCAUUGACUGGCCAAAACAUCUUAAUCUAUAUGCACCUCCAUGUUUGCGGAUUACGCGGUGUUGUGAUAUGCAGCUUGGAUGAAUGACGCGAUAUUAAAACGCUCAUUCUCAGUAAUGAAUUUCAGUUAAGAGUGCUUCCCCAUCACCAGUCAUGGUAAUUCGCUGAUGAAGGCCUCCCAAGCCGCCGUCUCUCGUGAUACUGACAUCUAAAUACCUGGCACCUGCACAAGAACUGCUUUUACUGCUCUAUCUCCAUGGACCUCCCCUCAGAUGCACUCCAUUCCUCCAUUGCCACUCCGUAAAUUUUUGACCACCGGAAAUUGUACGUUCUCGUGAUGCGUCCUGCCCAAAUUCACUUGUCAACAGGCUGGAGGAUGACUCCAAUAACCUGUGAAUGUUCCCUGAAUCAUGUGUUCCUCUUUCUGUCUCUCAAUGUUACUCCAAUCGUACAUAUCCUAGUUAUACAUUUUUGUUCCAUUUUGUUCAUAUUUUUGAUUGAUGUCAGCGGGUAGUAUGGCCUCGUUAAAAGCAGCCUUUGUGCACAUUACUCUUAUUUUCAUUGUCAAGUUCAGAUUUACAAAAGUGCUACAGCCUGCUGUCUUUUGCCUCAAUCAUUUUGAUUCUGACCAGAUUCAGUCGCUGUUCUCAGUGCAGUCACAAUGUUGACUUGAGAUUCAAAUCAAUAUUUGAGCGGUGUCCUGCAAAAAAAAAAAAACCUCUAUCCCAUAUUUUAUUUUAUGUCGUGGUUUCAUCAGCGAGGGUGAAAUCCACUCUUCGUAAUUUUCUUGCAUCUCUCCACACGUAGCCCUCCUUGGUAUUUUCUGGACAAUGGCGCUGUUGUGCAUUGUCAAGUUUCUCCAGGAUGCUUCCGUUUGCAGCAUCUGAUUUACAAAUCGGCAGACCUGCGCGUUGGGCUGACCCGCCGGCCUCGGCGCAGCACGGGCAGCACUGGGCCUGUCACUUCCGCGCUGUAAAGCCGCGAAAUGAAUAAACGAGUGGGCGAAUA